CUGGCCAUUCCAGCUUCAUGUUCCUAACGACGAAAGUUCAUUCUCGUCGUUCCUAUUGUUUGUGUUUUGAUUUGCAUAACGAAACUUUGGCUUACAGAAAUAGUUUUCAUAUCAUUAUCUCUCAUCUGUUUGACUUUGAUUCUGGGAAAACAACGGGGCGUUCCCUUUGCUUCUCAUUCUGAGAGUCGCCCUGAGAUUACAAAUUCUGAUAGAAAUAGAAAUGAAUUUUAGUGAGGAAACGAACAACGUUUCGCCGUCUCCGGAAGGAUCGCUUCGUCCAACAUCAGACAAUAAUUUGGAGAUCCUCACGCAGAAAGAUAAAAAGUCACUUUCGGCAUCCGCCCCUUCAAGGUCGGAAAAGGGUUCGGAAAAGGACGACGCUCCGCCACCGAACUCUGAUGAUUCAAACUCCUUAUCUAAGCCACCACCAUUGCCGUCUCAGACUACCCCGAUUCUGCCAAGCUCACCAUCACCUAAAGAAUCACAUUCUAAGAAAUCACCGCCAGCACCGCUAACGCCUCCUCCACCGGUAAAACCACCGCCGAAUCCAGAGGUAACGCAACCACCCCGUUCAUCGGUGAGGCAAUCGCCUCAUUCACCACCAUCUCCACCUCCACCACCACCACCAUCACCACCCUCCUCACUCUCGCAACCUCCCACCUCUUCGCCGUCGCCACCGACGCCGCCAUUAUCGAGUAAUGGGAAAAAUCUCUCUCACAGUCCCCCUGAACAGUCAGCAUCAUCACCAGAUUCACAAGACCCGUCUUCUUCGAAUAACUCUUCUAAUAAUUCACCACCACAACAACCUUUUGUCAGUGUCCUUUUCCCAUCGUUGAUACAAAGCGCCCCGCCACCACAAACGCAGGUUGAAGAGGGUAUCGAAUCGGGUUCAGAUAAUCCUUCACCGCCCCACUCACCAGGACUUAACACUGGCUCAAAUACAAGAUCAAGGGGUUCUUCUAACGACUCCGUGCCGUCAACGUCAGGAGGUGACGAUGGCAAUGGCAGCGACGGUAAUGCAGCAAAAUAUGUGGGUAUUGCAUUCGCCGGCGUCUGCAUCGUUGUCUUUGUUGGUUUAUGUUUUUUGGUCGCAAAAGUAAGAAAGAGAAAACGAGGGGCCGUCCAUGAUGUAUCUCACAUUCCGCCCAAUGUGAAAGCAGGUGAAGAUUGGCGUUGCUACGGACUGCAGCCCCUGCAAGAUGACCAGUACAAAAAUGGGAGUCAAAUGGCAAGUGUGCAACCUUUGGGAACUUCAGAGUCAGUGCAGCCCAUGAGUGCUCAGACAGCUUUUAGCUAUGAAAGUAUUGUAGAGAUCACAAAGGGGUUCUCUAGUCAAAACAUUAUAGGAGAAGGGGGAUUUGGAUGCGUUUACAAGGGUUGGCUCGCGGAUGGAAGAGCAGUAGCAGUCAAGAAGCUGAAGGCAGGCAGCGGGCAAGGCGAUCGGGAAUUCAAGGCAGAAGUGGAGAUCAUCAGCCGUGUUCAUCAUCGACAUUUGGUAUCCUUAGUUGGUUAUUGCAUAUCUGAGCAACAAAAGAUUCUUCUGUACGAGUUUGUUCCCAAUGGAACGCUCGAUCAUCACUUGCAUGGAAAGGGAAUGCUUGUGUUGGAUUGGGCCAUGAGGGUGAAGAUAGCAAUUGGUGCUGCAAGAGGCCUGGCAUAUCUGCAUGAGGAUUGCCAGCCAAAGAUUAUCCACAGAGAUAUAAAGUCAGCAAAUAUACUUUUGGAUGAUGCUUAUGUGGCGAAGGUUUCAGACUUUGGACUUGCGAGGCUAACAGAUGAUGCUAAUACUCAUGUAUCAACAAGGGUCAUGGGAACCUUUGGGUACAUGGCUCCAGAGUAUGCUACAAGUGGAAAAUUAACUGAUAGAUCUGAUGUUUUCUCCUUUGGAGUUGUCCUCCUAGAGCUUUUGACUGGAAGGAAACCUGUUGAUCAAACUCAGCCACUGGGAGAAGAGAGUUUGGUUGAGUGGGCUAGACCUCAUCUCAUUCAUGCAGUGGAUACUGGUGACUUUAGCAAAUUAAUAGACGCAAGGCUUGAAAAUCAUUAUGUGGAGAAAGAAGUGCUUAGAAUGAUUGACGCAGCUGCAGCAUGUGUUCGCCACUCUGCUCUAAAACGGCCCCGGAUGCUUCAGGUCGUGAGAGCCUUAGAUAGUGGAAGUGAACUAAUUGACCUAUCCAACGGAUUGAAAUAUGGUCAGAGCACUGCUUAUGAUUCUGGACAGUAUGAUAAAGAAAUUAUGAGAUUUAGGAUGAUGAAUGGUGUAAGCUUUAGCAGUUCUGAAUUUGAUUUGCAUGAUGAAGAAUACAGUUCGAGUGAAUUAUCUGGCAUCCAACACACAUGUGCCUAGGAUAGUUCAGGCGGCUCGAGCUUUCAGCAAAGGUGGGAGCAGUGGGCAUACGAUGGAGAAGCAGAAAUGUUGACUACCAAGUCUACCAAACUCCUUUAAUGGAUUUACGGCAUCAAGGCAAAAUAUUAAAGAUCAAGUGUAUGACUGCCCCCUUCCUUUGCUGGAUCCUCUGUGAAUUAGAGAGGUAGAGAGAAAAUAGUAAACAUGAAUCGUCAUGAAAUCAGGACCCUAUACCAAGUCACAUUCCCUUGUGUCACCUCUCUCCGGAUGCAUGAAUGCAUGAAUGAAAACGAUCUAAGGCUUGCACUAACCACUGACUUAGUGUAUAAAUGCAUUGCCGACCUUUGGUUUUCUUUGAUUUUUAUUCUAUUUCCCCAUUUUUUUCAGUAUUGGGGGCGCGCGAAGCUUGUUAAAAAAAAAAAAAAAACC